GCAAAACGUAUAAUACAAUACAAUAAGCUCGAUGCUCAACGCAAAAUAUUAUAGAAAUACUUUAAAACAUUGAUGCACAAUGUGUUGUGCAGAGUGUGGCUGCAAAUCAAAUGGCUACUCUUGAACACGUUAACUUGAUCGGCUUACAGAAAGCGCGGAGUAUUAUUGUAUAAGUUUUGCGUAGGUUCAUCGUGAAGAAAUGUCAUGUGGUCUUUAAAAAUUAUAAUUAAUGAACCAAGUACCAUUGUCAAGAGAAAAACAGCGCUAAAUUCAUGCACAUGGCUUCAAGAAAGGUUGUUUCGUGCAAAUGAUGAUGGUAGAUAACAUCGACAAAACAAAUAUUUCGUAUAUCAGAUAUAACGCAUAGAUCAUUUUAGAUGACGGCUAUCUGCCGCACUUUGUUAGCUUAUGGGGGCCUGUUUUGGCCGUUGCCUAAAUACUAUAACAGAAUGUUUUCUUUACAGAUCCUACUUAAGGCAUACCAAUGUAUUUGUUGAUGAAGAUGAACAAGUUGAGUUUGGUCAAUCAAAUAAUUCUACAGUUAAGCAUAAUAUUAAUCUUUCAAACUCAUCUAAAAACUUCUUGUCUUUGUUCUCCUUGAAAAAAUUCAAGCAAACUUGUAAAUAUCCUAUAGCAUUGGAAUUAAUUGAAGACAGUAAUUUAUUCAAUAGUUAUAAAAGAUUUAAUAAUAAAAAUACAUUUACAAAGGUUGGUCUUGAUGAUCCAUUGCAAGUAUUAGAUGCUUCUGGACUGAUAAUGAAUCAAGGAUGUGUUUCAUUCACACCUACAUCUUCUAUAGAUUUGGAAUGGGAAAAUGAAGGAAUGCCAACACCUACAUUGUCCACUCCUAAUAGCUUAGAAUGGGAUUUAGAAGAAGCUGAUAAUGAAGAUGUUGAGACUGAUAAACUCUUAACUGAAAUUGAACGCUUAACUAAUAGAGCUCUUGAAGAAACUGCAGAAUGGAUUAAUUCCAGUUAACAGAAAAUGAAACAAUUUCGCCUUUGUUAGAUUAUAUUUUUGUAAGUAUCGAAUAAGAAAGAUUAUGUAAAUUCCUUAAUAGAUUUCAUAAAUAUACAUAUUUUCUGAACAUAUUUUUUUCUAUAAUAUUACAAAGAAAUCAAAUUUGUUACACAUAUAAUAUUUAUCAAUGAUUGUUUUUCUUCAUAAAAAUUUUAAUAAUGUAAUUGAAGAAGAAAAGAUUAUUCAAGAACUAUAAUAAAUAAAUUAACAUACGUAUGUAUAUAUAAAACAUAUACCAAAAGUAACAAUUAAAAAUGGAUAGGUUUAUUGUUUAGAUAAGAGUAUAAUAAAAAUAUAUAUCAUUUAGAUGAAUAAAUUUAUAAAAAUUAGUUUCAUUGUUUAGAUUAGCAAAAAUUGUUCACAUCUGAAAAAUUUAAGUAUUGAAUUAUCUAACAUUUUUUUAUGCAAAAUUUAAUUAUUUUAACGUAAAUAAUAUUUUUUACAUGAGACUUGCAUCAAUUAGGACAGGCUUUUAUUUUAAGUUGAAAAUCUAAAUAUAAACUUUACAAUCAAAUUUUGCAUCCAGAACUUUGAAAAUAGAAUUUUUUUCAGAAACUUAAUGCACAUUAGUUCAUUAAACGUAAUGUGCAUAGAAUACCAAUUAAGAAAAAUAUUUAUUAUGGCUGCUUGCAUUCAGAUAGUCUGCUGAUCUUGCAAGAUCCAUGUGUAAUUUACUAAACAUUCCAACAGCAAUCUUAAUCCUUUUAUAGGCAAAUAUGCAACCACGAAAGAACAAAAAACAAAAUUUUUCUAAAAGACGCAAAAAAUAUUAAUUAAAAAAUGCAAUAUAAUUAAUGUUAGACCACUGGUUGCCUUUGUAACAGAAAAAAGUUUAUAUAAUGAAACAUUUAUAAGAAUAUUUUUUGAUGGUAGAAGAAAUAAAUAUGAUUAAAAAUUUGAAAGUUAUUCUAUUUUUG